GACAACCAGUGACCGCUCCAAUCGCAUAUGCGACAACAGUACACAUUUCUUUAGUUUCUUGCCUGUGGAACCAUAUAGAAUCAUUGUGUAAGUGGAUAAAAUGCCAAACAAGGCACAAGAGGAUGCGGUGAUCAAUAUGAAAUCUGUGCAGGAGAUUGCUAAGCAGUUGGGGUUUGAGUGGAAUGUUCUAGCAUUUGAACUGGGAUUCACCAGAAAUGAAGUCAGACAGUUUCAUGCCACAUCCAAAGAAAAGAGGGUUCAGGCUCAGAGAAUGCUGGAAUCAUGGUAUGAGCGUUCCUGGGACAAACCGAACAAAACAAAGCUACUGCAGGACGGUCUGGAGCGUGCGGGCCGUCGUGAUCUGGCUGAGAGGCUGCGCUGCCUGCACUGGGGUCACCAGAAGCUCAGCCGCAGAGUCGAGCUGCCCUCUGCCUUCCCCUUCAUCAUUACCGUCCACAAGACCAUAGACAACAAGGACGCCUUGAGCAGGAUUAAUGUGCUUAAUCGCAGUUAUAACUAAGACCAUUUGGCAAAGAAAUUUAUGUGAGCUAAAAGUCUGAUAGUGAAAAUGCUGUUCUAAACUUACAUUUUUAUUAUUUUUUCUUUACAAAAUUGUAUUGACUGUACACUUAGUUUACUUCAAAUCUUAAAAAUAUCGUUUUUAUAAUAGCUAAGUGCAUUUCAUAUAAAUUUUAAUUAGAAUAUAUUUUCAUUUAACCCUCUGGUAUUGUUCAUUUGGGGGUCACACUUGUGUUGUUCACGGUCAAAACUGACCGAAGACCCGAAAUGUAUCUUUUUUCAUUUUUAGUAAAAUCGAUGUAAUAUAUUUUUGUUUCAUAAUAUUUUUAUUUUGUAUUUUGAGAGAAUUUCAUUGCAAUAAUUAUGAUCAAUAUUUUCCCAUUGAAAAAAAUAAAAGAAAUAAAAAUUCUAAGAUUUUGAUAUUACUUUUCAAUUAUGGCAGUAUUUCAUGUUAAAAUAGAGACAGUGCCUUUAAAAUCCAAUUUUUGAAGUCAGAUUAGUGCCAUCUGGUUGGAGUAGAAAAAGAAAAACAUCUGCAAUUCCAUGGUUUAGCCACUAGAUUCCUAUAUAUAGCUCUAUAUAAAAGGCUUAUAAAUGCUCUAGUGGUUUUUAGGCUUAAAGACUUAUUGUUAUUAAGUUGUGGAUCUGGAUAUAUAUUUAGACAUUCUCAAAGACAACUUUUUGUAACUUUAGAUUUUUUUUGUUCUAAAUUUUGGUUUGAAAUGUUAGUUUUUGCAUUAACUUUACUACAGUCAAACCUGAACACAGAGAAAGGCAUUUUGUCACACACAACUUAACCCAUGCUUUAUCAGAGAUGAAUCAAUCUGAUUUCAACCUCUUAUUUGAGUCUUCUGGCUCAAUUUUGCCAUAUUGUUACAGCCACACCAGUUAAUUUGUGUGUAUAUAAUAGUGUGUAGUGUGUGUGCGUCUGUGAGUGUGUGAUUGAGUGUGUGUGUCUGUUUUGUACUCUUGAUGUUUUAGUGUGUAACCCCUUCCUUGGUGUCUGUGUUUUGACUGCAUUUUUGUCCGAAUUAUUGAUUUUAUUUCAUGCAUUUGCAGAAACAUGCUUUGUGUUACAGUCACACUAAUUCAUAUGUGUGUGUGUGUGUGUGUGUGGGAGGGGACCGCGAACAACACAAGUGUGACAAUUUUUUUUACCACCAUUUAGCUUUUUCAAAUCAAGUGCACGAUUUUUUUUUUUUUUUUUUGUGGUCACAUAGUGACUGCCAUAAAAGUUACCAAGUUUCGUACCAUUCCGAUGAAGUAGCGAUUUUUUAAAAUUUGAAACAUUUUUUUUUUCCGGUCUAAAAUGACCGAACAGCACCAAGGGUUAAUUGUAAUUAACGUGUUAAUUAAUUGUCUGAAAACAUUACAUUCAGUUCACACGGUUCACAAGUAUAAAGUAUAUUAUUUCAAUGAUAAUGUUAAUUCAUUAUGUUAAUUUUAUCCAGCAUGAUUUGAGAAUUAUCCAAAGUUUCAAUGUGGCCUCAGAUUUUUAAACCCCAGUGUACAUAGAAGAAUAUUCAAUAUUAUUCAAUAGUUUUUUUUACACACCUCAUGAAAGCAUUCUUCUUGUUACUAUACAUAUUCAAUUACAUGAAUCAAAUUCUAUUUAUUCUUCUAUCAUUCAAUCAAACUCAUACAAUAUGUUUACAUUUACCGUAUAUUCACAAUGCAUUUACUUAUGUUUUGUUGUUGUAAAAAGGUCAUAACUGUGUCUUUCUCAGUCAGUGUUGUAAGCACUAGCUUUUUUAUGUGUUCAGGCCAAACUGCAUGUGCUGCUUUAUUGGUGACCCUAAUCCCCCUCGAAAAGCAGUUAAAUCUACUUAAAUUGAAUGCUCAAAUAAACCAUGACUAUCCAGUCAGACAAUUUUAUGAAUAUUUUUAAAUCUGAUUAUGUUACUGUAAUUAAUAUAUAUAUAUAU